AGGAGACAAACUACCUUGAAUUUCCUACUUUUCUGAGUUUUCCAAGCUGGUGGCAAUGGCAAAUUAUCUUGGAGUUACCUCAGCAGUGUCUUUCAUCUGGGUUAUGACAUUCCUGGCUCAAAAUUACUUUGUAACAGGUUCCAUUAAUUCACCUUGCAGGAUCAAGGGUAUAGGAAUUUAUCUUGAUCAGAAAGCGAAUUUCUCAGAAGCAAGUAAUGGAUGUAAUCAAUUCAACCUAGAGCUGGCAAGUAAAAUACAAGUUGAAGAGGCUUUGAAACAUGGCUUUGAAACAUGCAACUAUGGAUGGGUGAAAGAUGGAUUUGCUGUUAUUCCUCGGAUAACAUCCAACCAGAAAUGUGGUCAGGGAAAAACUGGAAUAGCACAAUGGAAUGCUGGCAAGGAUAAAAAAUUUCAUAUCUACUGCUUCAAUUCCUCAGAUGUCCAGAUUAAUUCCUGUCAACCAGACCCAACUACAACCACACUUGCUUUAUCAACUGCAUCAAGGGACUUAACUUCAUAUUCAGUCUCUGAUUUGACUGAGAACAUGACAGCAGUGUCUGCUGUGACUGUGACUGAGUCAGAACAGUUCCUGAGAAAGAGAUUUCGUGUGGUGUGCGUGACUGAAACGCUCUCACCAACAGAGGGGCCCACCACCACACCAGUGCCAGAGGAGCACGCGCCCACUGACUCUCCCAAGCACACUCCCCACCUGGCCUUUAAGAAUGAUGCUGUUGUUUUUGGAGGUAUCCCCACUGCACUUCUUGUACUGGCAAUCGUCUUCUUCAUUAUUUCUGUUGUUCUAGCAGUCUGUUAUAUCAAAAAGUACAAGAAAACCUUACCAUUUUUAAACAAGAAUCAGCAAAAAGAAACAGUUGUAACUACUGCUCUCAAAGAGACAAAAUCAAAUGACCAAACACCUGAGAAGGAAACACAGAAUAAUGGAAAUAAGGUAGAAGAGUGUAAAACUAAGCCUGAGGCCACAGUAAAAUGUCUAGAAGCAGAAGUUUAAAGGAAAGAAUGUACAGUUCUUGAUGGAAGUAUAAAAUAAAGCACACAGAGCUUAGCAGUGGUUUUAAACAUAAGUGAUUGUAAAUACUUAUAUUUUCUCCACCUUUAACAUAUGAAACCUUGGGUUUUUAAUAAUUACUUCUUUGGCAACAAAUAUUCUUGCAGAAGAACAUGGUAUCCUAUUUACUUGAAAUAAAUUCUUCAAAUCCAUAUUACAGCUCAUUUUUCAUCUUUAAUAAAGAAGCAAUUAGGAAUAUGCUAUUAACAACAUGCACUACAUUAACUAUUUGCAUGGAAUUUAGAUCACUAUAUAAUGAAAAGAUUUUUAUAUCUGGCUGGAGGAUGUCUGCUAGCCUAAUGCCUAAAAUAAAAACUGGCACUGUAGUUUUUCCUCAUGUAGAUUAGCUUAUUUCCAUUCAGUAGUUGCAUGCUGCUUUAAAAAAAUGUCUGUUUACAAGCAGAAGAAACAGUUCUGUUUACAAGGCAGUAAAAACUCAAAGGAUUAACCCACUGUCAUUCCAUUGCCCAAAGAAGGGUACAAAGAUGCUGAUGUGUGUGUGUGUAUGUAUACACAGCAAUGAAUAACUUACUUAGAUACCUUCAUUGUAUCAUAAUUUACUGUUUUAUUUAUUGAAACCAUUAGCAUUCUUCCACAUGAGAUAUUUGACAGAGGGGGACAAAAAAAUCCUUGAACAAGACUUAUGCUGGAGAUCUUUUGUGUGUAUUUAAGUGUGGCUUUCAUAAUAAAGGUCUCAGGUGAUAUGGGAUGUCUACGGUGCUCCCUAAAAAAUAAACUAUGGUGGAUAUGUUUGUCUGGACAAUUUAUUCUCAUGAAAACUGUCUCAUGGUAAAAGGAAUUCAUAUAACCAUAACGUUACAGAAGUAAUUAGUUGUUACAACAACACUAGGAGUUUAUCAAAUAUUUUCCUGAAUAAAGAAUUUAGACAAUUCAUCUUUAUGUUUGAAGGAGGUUGUUAUGCCAAAGGAAGUAUUUUUCCUCCAUCAGACAGCUUAAAAAAACAUAGUCUUAGAUAAUAAUAAUUUUUAAAAUAGCAAAAUAGCAAUACAACAGGUCACCUAUAUUGUGUUUUCAACAGUGUGAGAUACUGGGUGAUGAACUUGGAUAUUUUUCAUUCACAUAAAUUUUAAAACGUCCAGUGUUUAUACAUUCGACUAGUAAUGAAUUAUAGUGUAUUUCUAGCAUUAUUCUUAAGAGAUUUCC